AUGUCUAUCUCCAGAUAUAGUUCAUUAUCUCUCAUGAAAAUGAAAGUGUUAACCGAAGCCACUGUUCAACGUUUUCUUCGUCUUUACCAACGAAGCUUCCAACUAUUGAAAGGACCAUUUCGAACCGUUGAAGCCUAUGUCGAAGCAAUAGACUUAAAACCACUAGUCAAUGAAUCGGGCUUCACGUUUCUCGUGAAUAACGGGGUGGAUAACGUAACGGUAAAUGAGUUGUCCGACAGUAUUACACAGGGAACUUAUGGACAACAAGUGACACAACUUCAUGCAGUCAUGACCAUGGUAGCCAUGGCUGGUAGAGGCAAUUCAAUUAAAGGAGGCAAUUAUAAGAUUUUCGAUAUCCGGGAUGAAAUUACCAAAGUCGACUAUGUCCAACAGCAUGUUACUUUAUUUACAACAAACGCCACUCAUCUAGGCUCAUCUUAUAUGAAAAUGGCUACCCCACUUUCUUUGCUUGUUACUCGAUAUCUCGAACGUCAAAAUGGUACUAAAGUUCUCAAUCUUGAUGUGGAGGCCAUGAGCUUCUCUAAAGUUCUCUAUCCCCGCAAGGAACGUCUUGUCAAAUUAUUCAGCCCCAUCUAUUUAGAUGAUUCGAAACUCGCAGAAAUCGUUGAUGGAAAGGCCAAUGUUGGCUGGGUGUACAGAAAAAUGUGGCACGCCUAUCCUCGAGCACCACCGAAAAACGAUACAAUCUUUCCUGCAAUCAAUCCAGAUGAAGGUCUCUAUUAUGUCAAUGCAUUUGAAAGUUUCAUUAGUACGAUGGAAAGUCAAUGUCUAGCGGCACACAAUAUCAUUCGGCUUCUUCUAGCCGACUACGGUUACGAUGAGAAAGCAACUACGCUUGCCGAUGACUAUUGGAUUGAUACAACAAAUUAG